AUCACGCCAUUGAGGAUUUGGUUUUAAUCAUAUCCAAAUUGUCCACUAACCCUUCUUAACCAUCCUCAUCAUUUUUUCAUUUUCCCCCAAAAGAAUAUUGCCAAAAAAACCCUAGAAUUUCGAUCCAUUCCUCAAGAACCCUAGAUUUUCAUUUGGAAUUCCUGAAUGUAAAACUACGACUAACCCUACUUUACUAGUAAUUGUUUUAUAGAAAACGAAUUAACGGUUUGUAGUGGAAGAGAUUGAGCGAUGUGCUCAUGGUUCUGCUAAUUUCUUCCUGAGAUUGCUGAAUUUAAUUGCGGAUGUAAUCACAUUGUUGACUCGUACAUUGGUUGAGAAUCUGAUUACUGAAUUGCAUUGUUUUUUGGGGGUCAAUUUUACGAGUGAAUAAGUUGCUGAAUUUUCGAGAACUUGAAGGCAUAUCAUUUUUUCGGAAGGAAAUUUGUGUUUUUCAUUGACGUGAGGAGGGGUACUGGGGAUUAAGGCAAUGAGAGGCGAAUUUGUGGGUGUGGAGAUACAAUGACCCUGAAGUCAUUGGGAUUACGUACCGGAAGUUAUGGAUCGCUGCAACUACAACAAUCAAAUGGUGUUUUGCAGAGUCAUACAUCCUAUGUCUUCCCACGGAAGUCAUCGAAAGUGCUACUUUCAAGUUACAGGGAAAAGGAAAGGGAAAGGUGCUUUCCAUUUAUUUGCAGAUACUUGUGUCGGGGAAAAGUUGGAAUGGUGAUACUGGUUGUCUUUGCGCUGCUGAUUUUUGCUUCAGGUUUCUUUACAGUUAGCAAAGAAACGACAGGUAGUUACAAUAGAGCUAUCCUUGAAGCUCUUCAAGAUUCAAAGACUCGUGGAAUAAAUGUUAUUAAUUCCCUAUCUUCAAUUCCUACUUCAAAGGAUUUUACCACGGACAGAGUUAGUUCUAUAGCACAGACUAACGGGAAGGAGAACAAUGGAGAAUCUCUUGCAUUUCUCGUAGCUUAUGGGGUUCAUCCAUGCAAAAACUUUACCAUUCCCCCUCCUCCUCCACGGAGCACAAAACGGUUUGGACCAAGACCUUGUCCAGUAUGCUAUCUAUCAAACGAGCAUGCUGAAGCAAGUAUGCCGAGUGUACCAUCAGCGUCUCCAGUUCAAAAUUUGACUUAUGUGCAUGAGGAGAACUCUACUAAAACUGAGACUCAUGGAGGUUCUGACUUUGGCGGAUAUCCUUCUUUGAAGCAGAGAACUGAUUCUUUUGAUAUAGAAGAGUCAAUGACGGUACACUGUGGGUUUGUUAAUGGUAGUCGGCCUGGCCGUGGAGGUGGAUUUGAUAUUGACGAAGACGAUCUUCUUGAGUUGGACAAGUAUCAUGAUGUCAUAGUUGCAUCUGCAAUAUUUGGAAACUAUGAUGUUAUACAAGAACCAGUUAAUAUUAGCAAUAUUGCAAAGAAGCAUGUUCCAUUCUAUAUGUUUAUUGAUGAGGAAACAGAAAAUUACAUGAAAAAUAAGAGUGUUUUAAAUAGCAGCAAGAUGGUGGGCCUGUGGAGAAUCAUUGUUGUCCGCAAUGUUCCUUACGCUGAUGCAAGGCGCAAUGGAAAGAUCCCCAAGCUUCUAUUGCACAGAAUUUUUCCCAAUGUCCGAUAUUCUAUUUGGAUUGAUGGAAAACUUAAGCUCGUACGGGACCCUUAUCAAGUUCUUGAAAGGUUUUUAUGGCGUGAGAAUGCAACCUUUGCCAUUUCAAGGCACUAUUCAAGAUUUGAUGUGUUUGUAGAAGCUGAGGCAAAUAAAGCUGGUGGGAAGUAUGACAAUGCCUCUAUUGAUGAGCAGAUAGAUUUUUAUCGCAAUGAGGGUUUGACUCCAUAUUCUGAGGCAAAGCUCCCAAUUACUAGUGACGUUCCUGAGGGUUGCGUGAUCGUUAGAGAGCACAUUCCAAUUACAAACUUGUUUACUUGCCUGUGGUUCAAUGAAAUUGAACGUUUUACUUCAAGAGAUCAGCUAAGCUUUUCCACUGUUCGUGACAAAAUUAUGUCGAAAGUUAGCUGGAGUAUUAACAUGUUUCUCGAUUGUGAAAGACGGAACUUUGUCAUACAGGCAUACCAUAGAGGAGUGUUGGAGAACAUGCCCCCUCCGCAACCUCGUAGAUUCGUAGUACGUCGACAACCAUCUAUUCGAACGUCACCAAUAAUACGUAAAGAAGUGGGGAGGAAAGUUCCUUCCAAGCGUGGAAGAGAUAGAAAGUCUGGUUCAAGGCGUCACCGCAAAGUUGUUGCAGGUAGCAGGACCAGCAAUUUUUCCUAAGGGCUUCUCCUGUUUUACCAAUCUUUCUCUUUCUCUUGCUUUCCUUUUUAUUUAUUUAUUUAUUUAUUUAUUUUCGGCCCACUUCGAUCUCCAUAUAACCCAUUACAGCAAGAUUCAUCAACAAUCAAGAAUAUAGAUAGAAGACUAGACAUACUUCUUGUAGGACAGUUAGGAAGUGAAGAAAAUGUCCAAAAGAAUAACCGUUUUUGUUUCUUGGAUAUUGUCAAUAUUGAAUACAUUUUUGUUUUUCUUUCCAAAUCUUGUAAAUACCUUCUAGGCUUUUAAUGAAAUUAUCUCACACACGU